AUGAUGGCAAGCGAUGACCGUGCAGUAAUAGGCAAUGCAUUGAAAAGUAUAGAUGAGCUGACAUAUUUCUUAGCCACCGCACCUGUAAAUUGGCAACCGGGCCAAGUUAUUAGACGUUAUUUCCUAAACGAAGAGUUAGGCUACAUAUCGUGUGUCUUUUGGGACAAUAUAUUCUACAUCACAGGCACAGAUAUAAUCAAAAUCUGUAUAUACAAGAUGCUGUUAUUUGGACGGGUUGUUUUGCAGAAGAAGAAGUUUGAAGAAGGGAUAUUUUCUGACUUAAGGUGUUUGAAGAUAGGUGAGCAUGCCUCUUUGGAACAACCAAAGUCUCCAUUCCUAGACUUUCUAUAUAAAAAUAUGUGUGUUAAAACGCAAAAAAAACAAAAGGUAUUUUAUUGGUUCAGUGUACCGCAUGACAAGCUAAUAUCAGAUGCGUUAGAAAGAGAUCUGAAAAGAGAAUCUAACGGCAUGAACCAAUUGAUAACAACUAGGGCAGUUCGCGAGCCAGCACUGACAUUCAAAUACAAUCGUUCUAUUGCAGGAUCGGUGUUUCAACAGGCACGUAAUUAUUUCGUUCUAAGAUCAAGGAUUAUAUUCAGUGAUGUUUUCAGUACACCAAUUGAUGUCAAUAGAGCUCCAAAUUCUAAUCAACGUGUUACUGGAAACCCUAACGACCUUGGUGUUAAUCUUUCUUCAUCGCAAGACACAGUUGAAACGAGUAGCCAAAAAUAUGCAGCAUCGAAUCAAUCAUAUUCUAGUGUGCAUACACCUAUACCAUCCUCGGAUACAACUCCGCAUACCCAGCAUGCCGAUUUGCGUAACAUGAAACCAAGCAAUGAUCGUGCUGUUUCUAAGACGUCGCAAGUACCGCCUAAAGAUAAUGAAACUGUGAAUAUAUCGAAACAGCAAUUUAUGCCGGCUCUAAUUGAUCCCACCACGGGGUUCUUCGAGGGUGUACAAUACUAUAUUAGUAAUAUGGGUAGUAAAGAAUACAUGUGCAAACAGAGGAACACACCAGCGGUGAACCUCAACGCCGAUAUAAAGCAAAGUUCACCUGAUAAUCUCAUAGAAAAAGAAGAGGACCCCCAUGCGUCAAUUCAAGUUGAGGGUCCCUUGAGAUGUAGUUGUGGCUAUUCUGCGAGGAACACAGGGAGAAGCACAGCAAGCAGUAGCAGCAGUGACAACAGCGCCUUGCAAAGCACAGAUGAUGGCAGCGAUCCUGGGAUAUUGCAAUCGAGACCGCCGCCUCCUCCGUCACCACCGCCCCCGCAGUUCAAACCAGAACAAGAUCCUGACCGAGGCAGUCCUACUAAUUCUGCGUCUCGUAUGGGCACACAGGUCGAGCAGAAGGACAGUUUCCAUGAGUACACGACGAGCUCCAACGAGGAGACCAUCCGCUCGGGUGUUUCGGUAGCGCACACGCAAAGGUCCGGCAGCCAGUUUGACGAUGGCUUAGCGAGCGCAGAAACAUAUGACAAGGACGACUACAACAUCGCGGGCCGCACCAGUGGCAGCGAUCACGACGAUUACGACAACCACAGCAUUGAAUCAGCACUGGACAUAGUACUACCCGCAGGGACAGAGGGCAACACCUCAAGCAUGAUCAGCACCGAUGACGAGUUCUACUCCACUUUCAUGGAACCCUUUGACGCCAGCAAGUACUUCCUCUCUCCCAUGGACCGCAUGCGCUCGGGAUUCCUCAUAUCCCCGCAGUCCAUGCAGCCAGACAUCACCUUCGCACAGGACGAGGAGCAGAAGAGCCAGCACCAGCUCCAACAGCACCAGCACCCAAAUACACACCCGCCCCAGCUCCAACACCAGCUCCAACACCAACGCAGACCACGCACCUUAAGACAAGGCAAGUACCUAAAGAAGAGCAUACGAUAG